AUGCCAUUUCGUGCAGUUAUCCUGCGGCAAGGCCGGACUCAAGGCCUACAGUCCAGCAGCGGGAUGGACACAGAAGCACUUUUCACGAGCAUCGAAGAUUUACAACGAAAACUGGACGAAUUUAAAUCUCAGCUCCAGGGUGCUACCGCUCCCGAACUGCCAGGGUCUGCUUUCCCAAGCCCGCCAGAGGCAUUUCAACAGCCUCACAACUCUGACAGAAAUGAGGUGGACGAACCCGCGCCCGUGAAACGACAACCAGAUCCAGACACCCUACACGUAUACGCUGGGCCAACUAGUUACGCUUUCGGAAUGGUUACAGCUGAUGCAAGACUUUCCAACCUCACUCCAUCCAGUAGGGACUUCACCACGAUCGAUAGUCCCUCUCCUACACCGAUUGAAGAACGUGGCUGUCCGAAUGGACCUGCUCAACCGGUUGAAGCUUGGGAAAUCCACGGCGAAACCUCGCUCGAAAGGUUCAGCGUAGAAGACGCCGUCCAAUGCUUGGACACAUUUCAAGAUGUUUUCGGGGUCCUCCAUCCCCUGCCGCAGCUUGAGAAAAUUAGGUCAAGUUUGCCCAGUCUUUUGCGGUCUGCCAAAAGAUCACUUUGGAGUCAACCAACAACUCCAGGUCAUUGUGGCCUUUUGGAAAUGUUGAAGAUAAUUCUAGGAAUCGCCCUGGUUGCCCAGAUUGGAGGUAGAACCAAGCUAUCAGACACCCUUUAUCAGAGUGUGGAACCCACUAUCGUUUCGGCGGUCUUUCAGCACUCCAUCAGUCACGAUUUUCGAGCUUUGUUGCUGCUCGUGGCGAUGUAUCACUUCAGCAAUGAGGACCUAGUACUUGGGUCCAGAGCUAUUAUGUACGCUGCGCGCACAGCUGUUGAAGAAGGCCUCUAUCGAAUCGAAAAGCUCUCGGUCAUCGUCCCAGAUGAAAAGGAGCGCCAGGCAAUCAUCCGGCAACUAUGGAGCUUGUUUGUCCUGGACCGCCAAUUCAAUUUCGCUGCCGGCCUACCGCAUCACCUUAAUGACAGCGACGUCGACGAGGGCUAUCUCGCUGCAAUGGUCAAUUACGUGAUAUUUGGCGCCCAAGCAUGGAACUCGCUGGUCAAUCGAAACCUGCUGGCGAGUGGACAAGCUCCGUCAAAAGACUCAAUGAACUUCUUCUAUUACCAAGUCCAUCAAUGGCAUCAGGACUUGGAUCCUUCUGUACGUUUUGACACCGCAACAAUUGAAUCCGAUGAUCACAACUUUUUCACCUCUACAUCAGAUGAGGUCGAGGUAUAUCGCAAGACACUGCUAUACCUCCGCUCAAACCAGAUCCAGAUCCUCGUCCUCCGCCCCAUACUCAUAUAUCCUCAGACUGCUCGCAGCAAUACUGCCCUGGUUAUGGAAGCUAUCACUCUGGCCAAAAAGUCUAUCCGGACGUUGAGGCUUCUGUCGUCAGAGACCAAUUUGUAUAGAACAAGACAAGCACUCUUUAACCACUUCCUCUCAUCCGCAUUGGCAGUUCUUUUUCUAGCAGCAGCAUACGAUGCAGAGACCCGGGCAAAUAAAGCUGCCCUCCCGGAUAGUGCAGCCACAUUGUUAGGAGAUACGACGAGUGAGCUUCAGCAAGGCCUCGAUCUGAUCGAUUACCAUCGCUCUCAUUCGCAGUCCGCCGCCAGGUUGUGGACACGCUUCAACCGGCCAAGGCAACAGCUGAUUCGACUGGAUAUCUUACAAGGUACUGCUGGCACAAGACAUCAAAGAGAUAAGCAUCCCCACCACGGCCCAACAGGAGAAGAUCGACACGAAAUAUCGCAAGAGGACGACUACUGUCCAGACGGCACAGUUGCCGACGCAGACACCGAGACAUGCGGAGAAAGAGAUCUUAUCCCCCAUUUGGACGCUCCCGUUCCCAUUGGCUUUGACCCAGCCAAUUUUGAUCCUGACAAUAGUUUACUCUGGCUGGAUUGGUUUGAUGGCGCGUUCAUGGAUUCCUCCGUUCCAUUUGGCAUGCCGGCAUGGAUGUAG